AUUUAUCAGUGAUCUGUGGACUUGUACACUGCUAGUAACCUUAAUCAAAUGUGUCCAACAACUUUAAUCAUGAAUGCAUUCAUGCACAUCUAAGCUUUUAAUAAAAGAGGUGCUGACCAAUAUAAGGCACUUUGUACACUAAAGAAUAUCUCCACAAACAAAGUCUUUCGGGAGAGACAUUGUUAUAAGUGACUCUGCAGCUUAUCCAUAGAUCACACCAUAGUCUCUGUAAGUCACUUGGAUAAAGGAGGCUGCUAAAUAAACACAUAAUAACCCUAAUUAACCAUCCAUGCACACAUUGUUUAAUUGUUGGUAUUUGUGGAGUUGGGACUAGUCGCACACUCAAAAGGCUCUUCUAUAUUUUUGUAGACAUGACCGCUGAUGUUGCAUAGCAACAUCUUACAUUUUAUUUGCUUUUAAUUCAACUAGAACAAAGUAAAAAUACAUCCAAUCAUACCGUGUCACACAUUUAACCUUAUGAUCCAAAUAUAAUUUUCCAUACUAGGUUCUGUUCCUUUUAAACCUAUGACUAUACACUUUUUAAAUAUAGGGUAUUCUGUUAAAAUAAAAGGAUUGAUGCUGUGUAAUUAAUUACACAAAUCAGGGCCCAGUAUUAGUUUGUGCUUAAUUACACCAGUUGUAAAUCUUCCAAUUUUAUUGUGUAUGUGAAGAAUAACUUUAUAAUUUAAAAUAAAUAAACAGGACAUUAAAACCAACAAUGAAUAAUGUUAAUGUUGUCAGACGUUUCAAAGAGUUAAUGUUUAAAGAUAUUGAUACAAAAGACACAUAUUCUGAUUAGGAGCUAUAGUUUAUUCAUGAGGCAUUGUUAAGAUGCUGGUUUGUAAGUAGUCAAUUUACUGAAGGUUUUCAUUAAUUAAACCUAUGUAGCUCAUGCCUUUACAUAAUUGCCUCUAUCAGAAGACAUAAAGAACAAGAAGGAAUACAAUAAAAUUGGAACAUUCAAUGACUAUCCACUUACUUUUUCUUAACUUGCGCACAGCACCUGUAUUAAAUUAUAUGUCACCAGCUAAACAGAACAAUGCUCUUACAAUCACAUCCUUUCUAAGUCCUUUUAUUAAUUUAAGUAUAUGCUCAUUGACUAUCAGUGCAUUGAUGCUGUAACUUGCAUUUGGCAUUGUGUGUAUGAUUAAGGAGUUUCAUUUAACAUCCCUUAUAUAACGGGCAUCUUUUUAUAACAUGCUAUUCCCAUUAGACAUGCUCCUCACAUAAGCUGUGUUCUCUGAUGUGAUAAAUGCAGAGCGGUAAUGCAAAAAAGAAUACUAAGUAGGAUCAAUCAACUGUGUUUAAAUAUAUGAUUGUAUUAUUGUAUCAAUUAAACAUAAACUGUACACUUGCUAUAAUGUCGACAAUCCCGAUAUUAAACCAUUGGUUUUAGUUUUAGAAAAAUGUGUUAGUGUUCAUUUAGGUUGUGAAUUAUGAUACACAUGUAAUCUACACUCAAGUUUACCACAAGCCUUGUAAAUAAUUCACAUCUUGUGUAUAGUGCACCACAACCUCUUGCAUAGAUAAAUGAUUAUAAACAAUGUAUCUUCCAACAGUUUGUCCUUUAAUGUAAACAAAGUGGUCUGAAUUUUGAAGAAUUCUAUUGAAGAAAACACCUGUCUAAAUAUGGAUGUGAAGAGGAGAAGAUUAAAGACUAUUGAGGUGUAGAUAACAGAAAACGUAAUUGACAUUCAAAAUGAAUUCCUCACAUGCUGGGUACAUUUGAUCUACAGUUCAAAAUUCAGCAUUGUUAUUAAGCAAUACCAAAAACCAUUAUGUUCAGUAUAUCGUGCUAAAAUUAAUGUCUCAGCAAAACUUACAUUCGAUCUGUUCAACAAACAGUUAAUUAUUGACCCUGCUUUCUUUUUCGUGAAAUUUGGGCAUGCCUCUUUCCAAACUGUGGCCAUUAUUUGGAAAGCAGUUUUAUUGACUCUUGUUAUUCUUAUGUGAGGAGGUGAGGGAAGGGGAAGAAGUCCCUCUUUCAUUUGGAAUUCGUUUAUUCUGCACUACUCUCUCCAUCAUGAAGAUGACUAAAGCUUUCAAAAAUACUUUGCUGACCUUGUCCUUCCUUGCUUUGAUUGAGAAAAACGUGACCUUUACAGUUGUCCCUCCCUUUAAGUCAGGUGUUGUAUAUGAGUACCUCUAUACGCUGGACAUUUUACUGGAACCUGCCUCUGGUUCUGGCAUCCUAAGAUCUGGGUUCGGGAUAGAAGCAUUAAUUCAGAUGCACUCACUCUGGAAAAACAGCACUAACACGCUGGAUCAGCUAAUACAAAUCCAAUUUCAAGACAUCAAGGUUCUAAAAAAUGUAAAACAUGAAGACAAUCAAUAUAUCUUCGAAGACUCAUCUGUGGAAGGAUUGCUAGGACAAGACACUGUAAUUCAUUUAAGAAAACCAGUUCUGUUUCAAUCUGUUUUGGGCAAGAUUGUAAGAAUGUUUGGAGCUAAUGAAAACAAUGGGACCGUUCUGAAUCUAAAAAGAGGCCUGGUCAGCAUGUUCCAGUUCCAGCAACAUUCUGCAUCUAUAAUCGAGAAUGAUGUCUCUGGUAAAUGCAGUGUGACAUACGCAGUUUCUCAGAACCAGGUGUUAAAGUUAAAGGACCUCCAGAGCUGUGAAAAUGAGGCUUUUGGGCAUAAGUCUGCAAACAAGGUCUUUGGAGUGAACUGGCAGGGUAUUAGCAAAAGUCUCUACUCGAUGGAAAACAGCCUCAUCAAAUCUAUAGUAUCUGAGGAAACUCAUGUGAUUAGUUUGAAUCUGCAGUCUACUGUUGGCACAAAGAUCACCUCAAGACAACAGCUACAGUUGUUAACAACACACACAGGAGCUGCUGAGUUUUCAGGACCACGCUUUGAGGAAAUAUUGACUGCUCUUCAAGGAAGUUACAUCCCAAUAGAUCUCAAUGCUGGUCCAUUGAAGAAAAAAUCUUGCACAAGCUGUCCAUCGGUUACAGACUACAUGAAGACUUUAAGGAAAAAAACAUUGGAAACGUCUAAUGUAUCAACAAUGAAGAACUUUCUGAAGAUGGUCAGAUUGCUGCGAGAGGCAGAGAAGAAAGAAAUUAUUCAGUUGCUCAGAAAAGCAGAGGAAAAUGUAAUCCCCUUCAUUAUAGACGCUGUUGCUGCGGCCCAGACCCCAGCCUCCCUUGGUGCUCUUACCAGCUACUUGAAAUUCACUGAUGAGAAAAGGAGUCCCCUCUUAAAGAAGUUUCUGUAUGCCUGUGCCUUUUCUUCUCACCCAACAACAGAUUUAUUGAACACUUUAACAAAUGUACUGAAAGGUGAAAUUAUUGAAAGAGAAAUACAAGAGAUUGCUGUUAUAUCAUUGGGAGCAGUACUGGGCAAAAUGUGUGCAUUGGAUUUAUGCAAAUUACAGGAGGUGGAAUUAGCUAAAAACCUAAUCUUGGAAAGGCUGAAUAACACAGAUGAAGUUUCUGAGAUUAAGACAUAUCUCUUAGCACUGAAGAGUGCUCUUCUGCCUGAAACUAUUCCACUUUUUCUUCAGUACACUGAGAAACCCAGCGCUGUUUCUGCAAUUGCUCUGUCAGCACUGCAAAGGUUUCCAGCAGCACACAUUGAUAAUAAGGUUAAAGAUCAAAUGAGAAGGAUUUUUCAUCAGAGAGAGAAGAGCUUUGGUGAAACUCUUCGACUUGCUGCUGCAGACAUUCUAAUCAACAAUAUUCCCCAGCACAUGGAUAUAAGAAAUAUCAUACUGGCUAUUGGGAAAGAAGGACCAGAGGUGUCCAAAUAUUUAGCGUCAAAAAUUCAAAGUAUUCUACAUUCUGACCAUGUGGCAAAGAGUGUCAUUCUUCAAGUCUUGGAAGAUCCAAUGUUAAAUAACUACAAUCAUCUCUCGAGAAUGGGAAGUUCUUCCACAUACUCUGGGUAUUUCACAGCUACUAAGGAUAUGGUUUCACCUUACCAUCUGGACUUCCUUUUCUCAGAAAAUGGAUUCUUAAGGCAAAUUAACAGUAAUUUCUUUACACACAGCCAUGGGAAUCAAAUGCAUUCUUUACAGGUAUCUAUUGAAGCAAAGGGCCUCCAGUCUUUUUUUGGAGGAGACACGGAGGAGGAAGAGGAGGAAGAAGCCAUGGCAGGAAUGUCAGCCAUGUUGUUUAAUGUCCAGCUCCGUCCAGUAGUGUUCUUUCAAGGUUAUAGUGACUUGAUGGAGAAAUUCUGGGCAGCCACUGGAGAGCCAGAAAAUAUAUUGAAAGGAACUAUCCUCAUAAUUGAUCAUCUACAGGCCAUUUCGCUUCAGUCUGGGCUACAGACACUGAUCGAGUUUCAAGGGGCAAUUAGCAUAGACAUAUCAGGGAGUAUUGAGAUAAGUCUGCUCAGUCAAGAGUCCAAAAGUACUGUAACAAACAGGGGUGCCAUGGUUAUUGUUAGUAGAACACAAGUUGAUGCUUCCUUCAUACAAGCAGUUGUGGAAACCAAAGUAGAAGCUACAAACGCAUUCAUUUUUGGCAAUACUGUAAACUUCUCACAGUUUCCCGUUUUGUAUUGCUUACAACUGAAUAAGGAAUCUUUCCCUUACAGGGAGACAUUUUUAGUUUAUGAAUCUUUUGCUGAUGGAAAGAAUUUCACAUUGCAAAAAGGAAGAAAAUUCACUGUCCAAGGAGGAGAAGCAUCAUUGAACCAGGACAACUCGAAGAUGUGUAAAAAGUUGCUUGGAGACACCGACACAAUGGCUUAGAAGAAGUGACAAGUCCAUCACCCACAAUUAACAGCAUUUUGCUUAUUCUUAAUGUGUAAGCAAAUUAUAAAAAUGCGGAAAGACAGGCUGAUAAUUUGAUAUACAAAAGGAUGUCUUAGAUCACCCUGUCACUAAUAAAGCGGAACAAUCAUCAACUUAAUUUAUAUUGAAAGAAAAAUCAAGCAAAUUAUCCGAUGCCUUAGCUGUAUAAGCUUGUUUUUGACAUUAGAAAAACAUACAUGUACUGUAAUAUUCUUUGCCCCAGUAAAGUAUACAGUGAAACAAUACUAUUUCUUUAUUUAAAUACCUUAAAUGCUUCAUGGUGGUGUUAUACUCUUGGGAUAUACAUGAAUAGGCCUGAAAAUUUGACAAUGUA